GUUCACGUCUUUUUCCCCCAAUUAUGACGUUUUGGUUUUUGACGACGCAAAUUUGUUGAUUGUUAUUAAUUUGUGGUUUGAAUAAUUGGUUUUUAGCAGAGCAUUUUAUAUUCGGGAGCUCUUGAAUUUAUUGAUUGGGAGUUCAUGGACACCGCGUUUUGGGAAUGAUUUGAAGACAGUUUGGGUUUGGAUUUGGAUUGGAUUUUCUUGAGAAAACGUGUUCGCCUGAUUUUGUCCGCGGUAUAUAUAAGGUUCAUCGGUGGAGGCAAUUUCGAGGAAUCGUGAUCGCCCUAGUUUUGCGAAUUGGUUGAUCCACUCUAGUUUGAGAUUUUGUAAGCUUUCUUGGAUUUAAAUAGAUAAUCAAGAACUGUAGUUACUUUAAUCGUCAUUCGAAUUGGGACUUGAUUGAUCGAUGGCGGCCUUCUAGUGUUCGGAUAGUUGUGGCAUCAACAAUUAUACAUAGGAGUGAACGGAAUCCUUGGAAUUUAGGGUCAAUUUCUCUUGUUUUCGACCGAACUUGUUUGGAUUUUCAUCUUCUUGGAAGCUUAGGAUUUAAUUGGGUUUAUCACUCUCUCUUUCUUGGAUCAGACCACCUUCAUCACCUCAGUUGUAUCUGUGAAUUGGUUAUGACAGUAGCCAAAUGAGCAUUUCAAAAUGAGAGACACGAGAGGGAUUGUUUGUAGAUGGAGGUGCCGGACCAGCCAUUUUCUGAUCUAAUAGGCAUUCUGAAAUCAUGGGUCCCUUGGCAGUCUGAGCCUGCUAAUGUGUCGAGGGACUUCUGGAUGCCCGAUCAGAGCUGUAGGGUAUGCUAUGAAUGUGAUUCCCAGUUCACAUUGCUUAACCGUAGACACCAUUGUCGACUUUGUGGCCGUGUUUUUUGUGCCAAGUGUACUUCACAUUGGGUUCCUGCUCCAUCUGGUGAGCCGAGGACUCCGCGGGAAGAAGGGGACAAAAUUAGGGUCUGCAAUUACUGUUUUAAGCAACGGAAGCAGGGCUUAGCUGCUACUGUUGACAAUGGGAUCCAUGUUGCCAGCAUGGAUCUCAGUACUUCGCCAUCAGCGACAAGUUUCAUCAGCACCAAGUCUGACAGUGGCACUGCUGACAGUAGCUGCAUUACUCUUUCAUCAAUGCCACUCUCUUCUGGGCUUAGCCCAAAAUCUGUAGUAAUGGAAACAAAUGCAGACAGGCAAGGUAUUGUAGCAUCAGAGAAGAGCAAUCAUCAUGCUGCACAUAUGGGGGACCAGUCUUCAAAAGAAUAUGGCUUUGACAACAGGAGUGACAAUGAAGACGAUGAAUAUGGAGUUUACAGGCUAGAUUCCAAAACAAAGCAUUUUUCUCAGCUUAAUGGCUACUAUGAUCAAGUGCAGUUUUAUGAGGAUGACAAUGACUAUGGAUCCCAUAAAGUGCAUCCUGAUGAAGAAGCUGUCCUUACAAAAAGUAGGAGCAGCUCUCCCUUGCACAAUAGUUUUGAUUCUCAUUGUUCCGAAGGAGUGCAGCAGCUUGUGAAAAAAGAGGAACAUGAUAUUGGUGAUGAAUGCGAAGCACCUUCCUCUUUAUAUGCUGCAGAAGAUGUUAAUGAUGUACCUGUAGAUUUUGAGAGUAAUGGAGUUAUUUGGCUCCCCCCCGAACCAGAAGACGAAGAGGAUGAAAGGGAAGGUCUUCUAUUCGACGAUGACGAUGAUGGGGAUGCAACUGGAGAGUGGGGAUGUCUUCGUACUUCAAACAGUUUUGGAAGUGGGGAGUACCGGAGUAGGGACAGGUCAAAUGAGGAGCACAAUAAGGCCAUGAAGAAUGUGGUUGAUGGGCACUUCAGGGCUUUAGUAGCUCAGCUGUUGCAGGUUGAGAACCUUCCCAUCGGUGAGGAGGACGACAAAGACAGCUGGUUAGAGAUAAUUACGUCUUUGUCCUGGGAGGCUGCUACGUUAUUAAAGCCAGACAUGAGCAAAGGUGGGGGAAUGGACCCAGGGGGAUAUGUAAAGGUGAAAUGUAUAGCUUCCGGACAGCGCAAUGAGAGUAUGGUGGUCAAAGGAGUUGUUUGUAAAAAAAAUGUGGCUCAUCGGCGGAUGACAUCCAGAAUAGACAAACCUCGCUUUUUUAUCCUUGGAGGGGCUCUGGAGUAUCAGCGGGUUUCUAACCACUUGUCAAGUUUCGAUACUCUGCUGCAACAGGAAAUGGAUCAUUUAAAAAUGGCUGUUGCAAAGAUAGAUGUACACCAUCCCGAUGUCCUGUUGGUAGAGAAAUCGGUGUCCCGAUAUGCACAAGAGUACCUACUUGCAAAAGACAUAUCACUUGUUCUCAAUAUCAAGAAGCCACUUUUGGAGCGUGUAGCCCGCUGUACAGGUGGUCAAAUAGUCCCUUCAAUUGACCAUCUUUCGUCGCAGAAGUUGGGGUACUGUGACAUGUUCCAUGUUGAGAGGUUUCUAGAAGAGCAUGGCUCUGCCGGCCAGAGUGGGAAAAAGUUGGUGAAAACAUUGAUGUUUUUUGAAGGAUGUCCAAAGCCAUUGGGUUGCACUAUAAUGCUUAGAGGUGCCAAUGGGGACGAGUUGAAGAAGGUGAAGCAUGUGGUCCAGUAUGGUGUUUUUGCUGCUUAUCACUUGGCCUUGGAAACAUCUUUUCUUGCUGAUGAAGGAGCCUCUCUCCCAGAACUUCCGUUGAACUCUCCAAUAACAGUAGCGCUUCCAGACAAACCAUCAAGCAAUGACAGGUCCAUUUCAAUGGUACCUGGUUUCACAGUUCUCUCUAAUGGAAAAACUCAGGGACCUCAACCUUUUGGUGAGCUACAGACGUCCAUCACUGUCCCCACUUCAGAUGUGCUCUCGACGAUCACCAGUGCUUACAUUAAACAGGAAAUGCCUCUAUUGCCUAGUGUAGUUAAUGCUUCUAACUCUCCAUACAUGAAGCCUCCUUCGCAUGCUAUACCAUCUGCUGCUUCUUUCUCCUCCAUUGCUUCUUCUGGGCAAGAUUUUUCAUUUUCUUACGACAAUGAAGCCUUUCCUUACCAUCCGGUGGAGGAAAAAAGUUUAAUGGGUUCAAAAGAGUCUCCUUGGCUGAAGACUUCUGUGCUUAACUUUGGUCAAGACGCCAUGGGAGAUUGUUUCGCUGCAAAUGAUUUUGGGCCUCUGGAGGCCUUGGGGCAAAGUGUUGUAUCCAACAAGUUGCAAAAUGAUUGCAGCGCAUUGGUUGCAGAUCAAAGUAGUACAAAUCCUCAAUCUCUGCAAGGAGAUGGUAAAAGUGUUCGUGAGGAACCAGUUUCUUCAAAGGAAGAAUUUCCGCCAUCACCUUCUGACCAGCAGAGCAUUUUGGUUUCCUUAUCAUCCCGGUGUGUGUGGAAAGGGACUGUCUGUGAAAGAUCUCAUCUAUUUCGAAUAAAAUACUAUGGCAACUUUGAUAAACCAUUGGGCCGUUUCUUACGCGAUCAAUUGUUUGAUCAUGGUUAUAGAUGCCGUUCUUGUGAGAUGCCAUCAGAGGCACAUGUCCACUGUUAUACUCAUCGACAAGGUACCCUCACUAUUUCUGUGAAGAAGUUGCCAGAAUUUCUCUUACCUGGUGAAAAGGAAGGAAAGAUUUGGAUGUGGCACAGGUGCUUGAGGUGUCCACGGACUAACGGUUUCCCUCCAGCAACUCGACGAGUAGUUAUGUCUGAUGCAGCUUGGGGCUUGUCCUUCGGGAAGUUUUUGGAGCUCAGUUUUUCAAACCAUGCUGCGGCUAGCAGGGUAGCAAGCUGUGGCCAUUCUCUACAUAGAGACUGUCUACGGUUCUAUGGAUUUGGGAAAAUGGUCGCUUGCUUUCAUUAUGCCUCAAUUGAUGUUCACUCAGUCUACCUUCCUCCCUCCAAACUUGAUUUUAAGUAUGAGAGUCAGGAGUGGAUACAAAAGGAGCUUAAUGAGGUGGUUUGCCGGGCAGAGCUUUUAUUUUCUGAAGUACAAAAUGCUCUCUGUCAGAUGGUGGAGAAAAGAUCUGGCACAUUCCCAUCGAAUAGUGGCAUUAACACACCCGGAUCAAGACACCAGAUAGCAGUUUUGGAAGCGAUGCUACAAAAGGAAAAGGCAGAAUUUGAGGAAUCACUUCAGAAAAUUCUGAACAAGGAGGCGAAAAAGGGCCAACCUGCUAUUGAUAUUCUUGAGAUUAAUCGACUUCGAAGACAGUUACUCUUUCAAUCUUAUAUGUGGGACCAUCGCUUGAUUCACUCAACCAAGUUAAAUAGUAACUACCUUCUUGGAAAUCCAUGUGGGUCCAAUCCAGAACUUGUAGAGAAACCCCUCUCUGCUUAUGGGAAGCUCAUUGAUAUUCCUGUUAAACCAGGCAAAGAUCUGGGUGGUUGUGACUCUGUUCUUUUGGAUGCAAAGAUCAAGGAAAGUCAUGAUGAUGGUCGAGGAAUCGGUAGCCAUGGUAACCAGCCUGAACUAGUUCAUCAUGGAAUUUACAGGGAUUCAUAUUCAAAUCAUGGAGAAGAAAGCCAAGAUAAUAUUUCUACUGGUCUAAACGUAUGUGUUGAUUCUGAUCCUUUGGAAUCCAAUAUAGUUGUUCAUAGAACCCUCUCUGAUGGACAGGCCCCUAUCAUUACAAGUUUGUCAGACACCCUUGAUGCUGCAUGGACUGGGGAAAAUAACCCAGAUAUUGGAAUACCGAAGGAAAAUACUUUCGUAUGUCCUGAACCUGCUGUGUCAGAUUCUUCAUCCAUCAUGGUAUUGGCAGAAAAGUUGGACAUGGAAGGAGACCAGGAUGGGCCCAAGGCAUCCCAUUUUCCGCCUGUGUUACCCACUAAAAGCUCAGAUAACAUGGAAGACUUUGCGAGCUGGCUGGGAAUGCCCUUUAUAAACUUCUAUCGCUCAUUGAACAAAAACCUUUUAGGCAGUGUGCAGAAAUUGGGUACACUUGGGGAGUAUAACCCGGUCUUUAUUUCAUCAUUUCUUGAGUCGGAACUCCAAGGAGGGGCUAGGUUGCUCCUGCCUGUGGGUGUCAAUGACAUGGUUGUCCCAGUCUAUGAUGAUGAGCCCACAAGUAUCAUAUCCUACGCACUGGCUUCUCCUGGUUAUCUUGUUCAACUAUCUGAUGAGCCUGAAAGGCAAAACGACAGUAGCGAUUCUACAUACCCAAUGCAGUUGCUUGAUUUGGGGAACUUCCAGUCCUUCUAUUCGCAUGAUGACAUGGUAUUGGAAUCAUACAGAAGUCUUGGAUCUAUAGAUGAUAGCAUCUUAUCUAUGUCUGGGUCUCGUACCUCCCUGGUUCUGGAUCCAGUUUCAUAUAUUAUGAAGGCUUCGCAUGCUAGAGUUUCUUUUGCAGAUGAUGGACCCCUUGGUAAGGUAAAAUAUGCAGUGACUUGUUACUUUGCAAAGCGGUUUGACGCCUUGAGGAGAAUUUGUUGCCCAUCUGAGGUGGAUUUCAUAAGGUCUCUUAGUCGUUGUAAGAAGUGGGGAGCCCAAGGUGGCAAGAGCAACGUCUUCUUUGCGAAAACCCUAGAUGAUCGGUUUAUCAUCAAACAGGUUACAAAGACAGAGCUGGAAUCAUUCAUAAAGUUUGCUCCCGAAUACUUUAAAUAUCUAUCUGAAUCAAUUAGCACUGGAAGCCCGACAUGCCUGGCAAAGAUUCUUGGGAUUUAUCAGGUCACAUCAAAGCAUCUUAAGGGAGGAAAGGAAACAAAAAAUGGAUGUGCUAGUCAUGGAGAAUCUUCUGUUUGGAAGAAAUCUUACAAGGCUUUAUGA